AUGGCGAACCUCUACUUUACCCACUCGAGCGCUCCGCUCAAGACGGUGCAGGAGAUCCAAUUCGGACUCCUGUCUCCCGAAGAGAUCAAGAGUAUGAGCGUGGCACAUAUUCUGUACCCCGAAACGAUGGAGGAAGGCGGCACGAAGCCACGCGACGGUGGUCUCAACGACCCUCUUCUCGGCUCGAUCGAUCGACAGUUCAAGUGCAAGACCUGUACACAAGCUAUGGGCGAGUGUCCCGGUCAUUUCGGACACAUCGAACUGGCAAAGCCCGUGUACCACCCUGGCUUCAUCAAGAAAGUCAAGAAGAUCCUGGAAAUUGUCUGCCACAACUGUAGUAAAGUCCUGGCUGAUGAAAGUGAUCCUGAGUUUGUUGCGGCAAUCAAUACUCGAGAUGCAAAGCUCCGUUUCAAGCGGGUAUGGGCCGUCUGCAAGAAGAAGCGGAGAUGCGAGAAUGAGGAUCGGACAGACAAGAACAAAGACGAAGAAUUUGCGCCUGGCAUCAAGCCCGCGCUCGUCGAAAGCCAUGGCGGCUGCGGCAAUGUACAACCUCAAGUACGACAGGUUGCCCUUCAACUGAAGGCGGCUUUCGAGGUAGCUCAAGAGGAUGGGCCCAAGAGGAAAGAGACGGCUCCCAUCACCCCCGAGAUGGCCCACAGCAUCCUUCGCCGCAUUUCUGAAAGGGACCUUGUCAACAUGGGUCUUAAUUCGGACUACGCCCGUCCGGAAUGGAUGAUUAUCACCGUGCUCCCCGUCCCCCCGCCUCCAGUUCGUCCUUCCAUUUCCAUGGAUGGUACUGGAACCGGAAUGCGCAACGAAGAUGACUUGACCUACAAGCUGGGAGACAUCAUUCGUGCCAACGGUAAUGUCAAGCAAGCUAUUCGUGAGGGCUCGCCGCAGCAUAUCGCGCGAGAUUUCGAAGAACUGCUCCAAUACCAUGUUGCGACCUACAUGGACAACGAUAUUGCCGGUCAGCCCCGUGCUCUUCAAAAGAGCGGUCGUCCUGUCAAGGCAAUUCGUGCCCGUCUUAAGGGCAAGGAAGGUCGUCUGAGAGGCAACUUGAUGGGAAAGCGUGUCGACUUUUCCGCCCGUACUGUUAUUACCGGAGAUGCCAACCUGUCUUUACACGAAGUCGGAGUUCCUCGCAGCAUUGCCAGGACCCUGACUUAUCCUGAGACGGUAACGCCGUACAAUAUCGGCAAGCUCCAUCAACUAGUCGAGAACGGUCCCAAUGAGCAUCCUGGAGCCAAGUACGUUAUCAGAUCCGACGGUACCCGUAUCGAUUUGCGCCACCACAGGCGUGCAGCUCAAAUCUCAUUGGAGUAUGGUUGGAAGGUUGAGCGACACUUGAUGGACGGUGACUACAUCAUCUUCAACCGUCAGCCUUCGCUGCACAAGGAGUCCAUGAUGGGACAUCGUGUUCGAGUCAUGCCCUACUCUACUUUCCGGCUCAAUCUGUCUGUCACGUCCCCGUACAACGCCGAUUUCGACGGUGAUGAGAUGAAUCUUCACGUCCCCCAGAGUGAAGAGACUCGCGCCGAAGUCAAAGAAUUGUGUCUGGUUCCCAACAACAUUGUCUCGCCCCAAAAGAAUGGUCCUUUGAUGGGUAUUGUCCAAGACUCUCUCGCCGGUGCUUACAAGAUCUGCCGACGUGAUACUUUCCUUGACAAGAAUCAGGUCAUGAAUCUCAUGCUUUGGGUUCCCAACUGGGAUGGUAUUAUCCCCCAGCCUGCUAUUCUGAAGCCGAGGCCCCGUUGGACUGGCAAACAGAUCAUCAGCAUGGUCAUUCCCAAGGAAAUCAGCCUCAAUGCCCCUGAAGACAAGGCUGAUAACCCUCUCAACGAUACAGGACUGUUGAUCCAAGCUGGCGAGCUGAUGUAUGGUCUCAUGAAGAAGAAGAGCAUUGGUUCGGCCUCGGGUGGUGUCAUCCACCUCUGCUACAAUGAAUUGGGUCCAGAAGGCGCCAUGGCGUUCCUUAAUGGUGUUCAGCAAGUGACUGCCUACUGGCUCCUACAAGAAGGCCACAGCAUUGGUAUUGGUGAUACCAUUCCGGAUAAGCAGACAAUUGAAAAGGUCCAGGCGCAUAUUGACACACAAAAGGCCGAAGUCGCCAGACUUACGGCCCAGGCCACUGCCAACGAGCUGGAGGCUUUGCCUGGUAUGAAUGUUCGUGCUACGUUUGAAAACAAGGUGUCUAUGGCUUUGAACCAGGCUCGUGACCAGGCUGGUACAACAACACAGAAGAGUUUGAAGGAUUCCAACAACGCUGUUACCAUGGCCGAGUCCGGCUCCAAGGGUUCAUCCAUCAAUAUUUCUCAAAUGACAGCGCUUGUCGGACAGCAGAUUGUCGAAGGAAAGCGUAUUCCAUUCGGCUUCAAGUACCGAACGCUUCCUCAUUUCACCAAGGACGAUUACUCUCCAGAGGCUCGCGGCUUUGUAGAGAACUCGUAUCUCCGUGGCCUUACUCCGUCAGAAUUUUUCUUCCACGCCAUGGCCGGUCGUGAAGGUCUUAUUGAUACCGCUGUCAAGACAGCCGAGACUGGUUACAUUCAGAGACGUCUCGUCAAAGCUCUCGAAGAUCUCAAUGCUCAGUACGAUGGAACUGUCCGUAACUCUUUGGGUGAUAUUAUCCAAUUCCUUUACGGUGAAGAUGGUCUUGAUGCAAUGUGCAUUGAAAAGCAGAAGCUUGGAAUCUUGAAGAUGUCGGAUGAGGCCUUUGAGAAGAAGUAUCGCCUUGAUUUGGCCAACCCCCCCGAGUGGUUCAGGAAGGACUACGAGUAUGGCAACGAGUUGACUGGUGACAAGGCUUCCAUGGCUCUUCUCGAUGAGGAGUGGGAUGCCCUGGUCGCUGAUCGUCGUGAGGUGCGACAAAUCAACCGCACAAAGAUGGGUGAAGAGGCAAUGCAGCUUCCACUGAAUAUCGGGCGAAUGAUUGAGACUGCCAAGCGCGUGUUCAACGUCAAGGCGAAUGACAGGAGUAACUUGAGACCUUCUGAUGUCAUUCCUGUUGUGAGAGACGUCAUUAGCAAACUGAAGAUUGUUCGUGGCGAGGAUCCGAUUUCCAAGGAAGCAGAUGCAAGCGCCACUAUUCUCUUCAAAUCUCUUCUUCGCUCUCGACUUGCCUUCAAAGAAGUGGUCAAGGAGCAUCGUCUGAACAAGCUCGCGUUUGAUCACGUACUCGGUGAACUCCAAAACAGAUGGGAUCGGUCAUUUGUCAACCCUGGUGAAAUGGUUGGUGUUCUUGCGGCUCAGUCCAUUGGUGAACCCGCCACCCAGAUGACACUGAAUACUUUCCAUUUUGCUGGUGUGUCUUCCAAGAACGUCACACUUGGUGUGCCUCGUCUCAAGGAAAUUCUCAACCUUGCCAAGAACAUCAAAACCCCUGGCAUGGCGGUUUACUUGGACACUCCCCUGGCUAAGCAGGAGCAAGCGAAGAAGCUGCGAAGUUUGGUCGAGUACACCAACCUCCGAUCAAUCACGUCGGUCACAGAGAUCUACUAUGAUCCGGAUGUCCAAUCCACAACCAUUGUAGAGGAUGUUGACAUGGUUGAGUCCUACUUUUUGAUUCCAGACGACACCCAAGAUACCAUUGAUCAACAGUCCAGAUGGCUUUUGAGAAUUACACUCGACAGACAAAAAUUGCUUGACAAGGAAAUCAAGAUUGACGACGUUGCUCAGCGAAUCAAGGAAGAAUAUCCCAACGAUUUGGCCGUCAUUUUCAGCGACAACAAUGCUGAUGAACAAGUAAUUCGCAUUCGCACUAUUCGUGCUGGCGAUGAAAAGAACGAUGAUGGUGAAAAGAAGAUUGAGGAUGAUGUGAUGCUCAAGCGGCUCGAGGCCCAUCUUCUCGACACGCUGACCCUGCGUGGUGUGCCUGGCGUUGAGAAGGCUUUCUUGACCAAGGGUACUCGGCUUGUCGAGGCAGCCGAUGGCUCUGAGCUCGCGCUCAAGGACGAUCCUCGAUGCACACAGUGGUACCUAGAUACCAGUGGCUCAGCGCUCCGUGAGGUUUUGGCUGUGCCCGGAGUCGAUCCCAUACGAACCUACACCAACGACCUCUGGCAGGUUGUUGAAGUGUUCGGUAUUGAAGGUGCUCGAGCUGCCUUGGUGAAGGAGCUGACGGCCGUGUUGGCUUUUGACGGUUCUUAUGUCAACCAUCGACACAUUGCUUUGCUGUGUGAUGUCAUGACUUACCGAGGAAGCAUAUCUGCCGUCACUCGACACGGUAUUAACCGAGCAGACACGGGUGCGCUCAUGCGUUGUUCAUUCGAGGAGACGGUCGAAAUUCUUCUGGAGGCGGCUGCUACUGGUGAGCUUGAUGACUGCCGUGGCAUUUCUGAAAACGUUAUGCUCGGCCAGAUGGCUCCCAUGGGCACUGGCCACUUUGAUGUCUUCUUGGACCCGAAGAUGCUGGAAACAGUCAUUUCGGACAACUCCCGCAUGGGCCUCAUGCCAGGCAUGCCUGUCAAAGAGGGAGACGUUGAGGGUGCGGCUACGCCGUACGAUACCGGAUCUCCAAUGGGUGAUUCUGGCUACCUCAGCCUCAACUCUCCUGCUGCUGGAAACUUCUCUCCUAUCCAGGGUGCAGGUUCGGAGACGCCUGCUGGAUUUGGAACGGAGUAUGGUGGCGGUGGCUUUGGUGGUAUUGGCUCGAUGAGCCCUUACUCCAUGCGUGGAGCGACGAGCCCUUUCAGCACUUCGCCCACAUCGCCAUUCAGUUCAGGCAUGGGUGGAUACUCUCCUUCGUCACCCAAUACUGGAUACUCUCCCACGUCUCCUAUGAUUGAUGGUGGAAUGGGCCGAUAUGCUUCGUCUCCGUCAUUCAGUCCUUCUUCGCCAUCCUUCUCGCCAACAUCGCCGAUGCUGCGGCCGACAAGCCCUGCCAGCCCCAACUACAGCCCAACGUCGCCAAGCUACUCGCCUGCAUCGCCUUCGUCGCCGAGACACUACUCGCCCACGUCGCCGGCUCAGUUCAAUUCUCCCACUUCGCCUAGCUACUCGCCUGCUAGUCCUAACUAUAGCCCUGCGUCUCCUAAUUUGCAUGGUCCAGGCGCCACUUCCCCAUCAUAUUCUCCUGCCUCACCUUCUUGGUCUCCGACAUCCCCAGAGGCUUACUCGCCUACGAGUCCAAGCUUCUCCAAGAGUCCUGGGUCGCAACAAUCUCCAACUAGCCCCAGCUACUCGCCCACUUCCCCAUCCUUUUCUCCUCGGACACCUGGCCCGGGAGCUUCAGGCAACCAAUACUCACCUAAUUCCCCAGCUAACGAAUGA